AGGAGAGAAGAUGUGCAACAACUCUGUUGUUUGUGUUUCAUCCAGUGGAGGGCAGGAAUCCCGCUGUCGUGCUGCUAAUCUGCUGUAAUUUUACAGAAGAAGAAGUUUCCGAUGCAACAGCUAGGCAUCAACAUGCCUGCUGCUGUGAUUAUGGAGGAAAAUUUUGAUAAAUUAUUAGAGCAGUGUGAAUCUCAAGAGCUCGAGGCUCCAGGGGGCAUUGCAACACCUCAAGUGUACGCUCAGUUGCUGGCUCUCUAUUUACUUCAUAAUGAUAUGAAUAAUGGCAGGUAUCUCUGGAAACGGAUUCCUCAAGCAAUAAAAUCGGCUAAUCCUGAAUUAACAUCGAUUUGGGCUGUUGGCCAACGCAUUUGGCAGCGAGACUUUCCAGGGAUCUACACAACAAUCGCAGCUUACCAAUGGUCAGAGAAUAUCCUUCCGGUCAUGGAGGCUCUUCGAGAGAGCACACGGCAAAGGGCGUACAGUCUCGUGGCCCAGGCAUACACUUCCAUCGCAGCCGAUGAUUUUGCCGCCUUUGUGGGAUACUCUGUGGAAGAGGCAGUAAAAGGUGUGGUGAGCCAGGGCUGGCAGGCAGACCCGGGUACCAGGAUGGUGAUGCCCAAAAAGCCCGAUCCUCCCCCUGUCUCAUUGGUUCCAAAUGAGCAGCAGUUGGCCAGACUCACUGACUACGUGGCUUUCCUCGAGAACUGAUAACCCCACACAACCGCCACCGACCUUUUUUGUUGUUGUUGUUCGCUUGGUACAGAGGGAGAUUACAAGUCUGGAUAGACUCUUCCUCCAGUCUCGCUCCCUGAUAGAGAUGUACCAAAAACACACCCAUCAUCUUGCGUGAAUGCUGCAAGCUCUUCUCCAAGACCUGCCUAUUUAUGUUCAUCGGCUAAUAUAGCUUCCCCCAUUUGAAAAUCAGAUAUCUUUCAAACACAUUGAUGUAAUUAUAUUCUUUUUUUUUUUUUUGCUCUCUGCAGCCCACCUGAUGGGUUGGGAAGAUUUGGGUCUGAUUUCAAAGGAGAAAUAUGUUUGUCAUCACUGUCAGUACGUUUUUAUUGCUAACCUAACAGACCCUUCUCACACAAUAGAACAACAUUCUGUUUUAGCACUUAAUGGUCACCUUGAAACAUCUUUUGUCAGGUAACAGAAGUCUUGACAUGUAUUGCUCAGCGUGUGGAUUUUAGUCCUCAGACUUCAUAUUUUGAAGUUUAUGUUUUGACUGGUGAAUAAAUAUUUUGCUAUUUCCAA